UUGCAGCGUGCACGAAUUUUAUUGGCUGCCUUCUCUGAAGGAGUUUCAAACAGCCCACAGUACAGAUAACAUAUAUUUGAAAAAGUGAUACACACACGCACACAUACACAUCCAUAAAUAUAGAAGCGGAGAUAAGUGAACACUUUGGGAGCAACGACGACAGACCGGCACCGCAGACAUUCACUAUACAGAAGCAUAAUUAACCACCUUCUCAUUUAAACUGUCUCAGUAUUUCAAUCCACAGCACCUGCAAAAUACACGCAUCAAGACCAAGCAGAACAGGCAGAGACCUCAGACACAGACACAGGAGGACUUACUUUGACUGGCGCUCGCCGGUGGGUUCAGAAGCUCAGCUGCACCUGUCCUGGUAUCCUCCGCUCGUUCGCAAGAAUUUGGAGAUGUAUAACUUUCACGUCGAUGACACGGUGGUACAUUUAAAUGCCUAGUGUCAACUUCUGAUUGUCUGUAGAUUCCGACUCAGUACUGUGGAUUAUAUAUUACUUUAGAAGGUGACAUAUCUGCACAACCAGCUGAGGAACUCGGAUCGGCAACGCUAUAACUAAAGUAACGCAGCAUUGUAUCAAAACUGACGCACAAGUCGGAAGGAGAGCACAUUGAACCAACAGUGUGAGACACUUCUGAACAUUAAAAAAAUAAAUUAAAAAAAAAACUGAAGAAAGGAAACACAAAUGGUAAAGUGCAGUUAAUGCGCUACUCUCGCCAAAGAGAACGUAUCGGUAUACGGGGACACCUCAGCGCGGAUAUACAAAGGAGAGAGAGAGAGACUAACAGGUGUAAGCCAUCGCAUCGCCUGUUCCAAAGGGUAUGCGGGAUCUGAGCUGAAGAUGGAACUUUUCUUGAUUUUAUUGUUUGCUUUCCUCUAUCCAUACGUCAAAGGGCAAGGAGUUUAUGCUCCAGCGAGUGGUCAGAUAGUGCACUCGGGCCAGGCGUGUGUGGUGAAGGAUGACAAUAUCAGUGAGCGAGUCUACACCAUUCGGGAGGGAGACAUGCUGGUGCUGCAGUGCCUGGUCAAGGGGCACCCCAGACCACAGGUACGCUGGACGAAGACGGCAGGCAGUGCCUCGGACAAGUUCCAGGAGACAUCGAUCUUCAACGAGACGCUGCAGAUCCAGAACAUCCAGAGAAUACAGGGUGGCAGAUACUACUGUAAAGCUGAGAACAGGAUAGGGGUGCCUGCCAUCAAGUCCAUUCGAGUAGAUGUCCAGUAUCUGGACAUGCCAACCCUGACCGUUCACCAGACAAUCAGUGAUGUGCGCGGCAGCUACUACCAGGAGAAGACCGUCUUCCUGCGCUGCACUGUCAACUCCAACCCGCCAGCUCGGUUCAUCUGGAAACGAGGCUCUGAGGUCAUCACACACAACCAGGAUAACGGAGUGGACAUUUAUGAGCCCCUCUACACACAGGGUGAGACAAAUGUUUUGAAGCUGAAAAACUUGCGGCCACAAGACUUUGCCAACUACACGUGCCAGGUGUCUGUGCGGAACGUGUGCAGCAUCCCGGACAAGUCCAUCACUUUCCAGCUCACCAACGCCACCUCGCCUCCUGCUCUCAGGCUCUCGGUGGACGAAACUCUGGUUGUGAACCCUGGUGACGAUGUUACCAUGUCCUGCCUGGUGACAGGUGGCAUUCCCCCACCUUUGAUCUCCUGGACGCACUACCCAGGGCCCAUGCCCACCACCGCCAGAGUCCAGGGGGGCACAGUGACCCUGCAGAAUGUCAAGGUCCAGGACUCGGGCUACUACAACUGCACCGCUGUCAACAAUGUUGGCAACCCAGCCAAGAAGACUGUGAAUCUCAUUGUGAGAGCCAUGAGCAACAUUACCUUCCAGAUCACGCCCGACCCCAACAAAGACAGUGAGACCAUCCAGAUGGAGCAGGAUGUGAAGCUGUCCUGCCAUGUGGAUGCACAGCCUCAGGACAAGGUUACUUACACCUGGUACAAGAACGGCCUCCCAGUGCGCCCCUCCAAGACCCUGGUCAUCCUCCGCAAUGACCCUGAACUGGAGCCUGGCACCUGCAGUCUGGAGAUCUUCAAGAUGCAGUUCCGAGACCAGGCCACCUACAGCUGCGUGGCCUCCUUCACAGGAACCCCCAUCCCAGAACUGAAGAUUGAGGUCAACCUCACACGGAAUACUGUGGCCCCGCCCGUGUUGACAGUACCCAAGGGCCGCACGACAGUCACAGUGCAAGAGGGCUCACGUGUGGAGCUGCAGUGCGAUGUUUCUGGGAAGCCCAGACCCCCUGUGCUGUGGUCUCGAGCCGACAAGGAGCAGCCCAUGCCCUCGGGGGACUGGCUGGUGGAGACUAGUGAUGGCAGGCUGCGAUUGCACAACUUGACGCGAGACAUGAGCGGCUCCUACCGCUGCCAGACUGCCAGGUUCAACGGGCUCAACAUCAAACCCCGCCAGGCUCUGGUGCAACUCAAUGUGCAGUUCGCCCCCAUUGUAAACCCCCAGUCCCUGGAUGUGCGCACUCGGAUGGGGGACAGCGUAGUCCUGAGGUGUUCCAUGCAGAAAGCAAAUCCCCAACGCAUCAACUCGUCGACAUGGAGCCUGAACGGCCGCCUAAUCCGGUCUGCUCGCCCCGAGCUCCAGGACUACUCAGAGUGGAAGAUUGACAGCUUCAGCCAGCUGAACAACGGCACAUACGAGUGCAGCAUCUCCAAUGACGUGGGCACCUCCAAAUGCGUCUUCUAUGUGUCUGCUAAGGCAUACAACCCUGAGUUCUAUUAUGACACCCCAGUCCCAGUAAAGAAGGUCAACCAAACUUACUCCUACACCCUGCAGUGGACCCAGAGAGAGCCCGAAGCAGUGGACAUCGUCAUCAUGUACAAACUAGAGGUCAGACAGCUGAACCUCCAGAGCUACAUGUCGAAGCAGAUCCAGGUGGGGACCCCUCAGAAGGGGGUGCUUCUCCAGGACGUCCUCACUGACCUGAAGAUCCCGCUGAGCUAUGAGGUGCGGCUCACCCCCAUCACAAACUUCGGACCUGGGGAUACCGCCAUGAGAAUCAUUCAGUACAUCGAGCCCUAUAGCUACUCAGGACCAUCAGACCAGACGUGCAGCUUUGAGGUGGAAGAGAUCUGUAGCUUUACUCAGGACAAGAAGGAUGACUUUGACUGGACGUGGCAGAAUGCCAACACCCAGAAUCCCAAGCGCUCACCCAAUACAGGACCCAUCAAAGACCGCAGUGGAACCAGGGAAGGGUACUACAUGUACAUCGAAGCAUCUCGGCCCCGGGUUCUAGGUGACAAAGCCCGCUUAAUAAGCCCGCUGUACAAUGUGACGACCAUGGCAAAGGGCCCUUACAAGACCCCCUUCUGCAUCUCCUUCUACUACCACAUGUAUGGCAAGCACAUCGGCUCCCUGAACGUGCUGGUAAGGGUGAAGAGUAUCGGGGCUCUCGACACGCAGGUCUGGACUCUUUCUGGAAACCAGGGACCCAACUGGCAGCAGGCCAAUGUUACGAUCAAUCCUCGGGGGCCCUUCCAGGUUGUAUUUGAGGGUGUUAGGGGCAGUAGCUAUGAAGGGGACAUUGCAAUCGAUGACAUCUGUGUGGUGAGAGGCAAAUGCCCAAUGUACAGGGAAACAACGUCUGAAGCGGUGUCCGUGAAGGGAUCCUCAGCAGCUCUCUCCUUGACCACCUACACUGUGCUGCUUGCGCUGGUCAUGCUGCUGACCUCAACAGCCCUGUUCCAUAGAUGAUGACGAUUAAAGAUGACUACCUACCUACUUGUCUGCAGGACACCAAAGUGUCAAAAAAUCUACCAAAGACUUUAAGCAGCGUGAACCUGCAGAGGGAGCUGCACAGAAAUCUGCUGAUUGUUACACCAGGCGGUGGACUAGGACUGGGAAAUUAUUUAAAAAACAAACUAAGCAAGGGACCCCCUUUGUGUUGCUAAAGUAAGAUCUUUCCUGUGAUUGCACUUCUGUUCGGGAUGACAGAUAAAUCAAUGGAUUUUUUUUUCUACCUUUAUAAAAGAAUGCAAAAGAAAAGAAGCACAAGUUUGUACAGAUUUUUCCCUUUUUUUUGCCGUUUUGAUGAACUACUUAUGUUUCUUCUUCAUUACAUCAAAAUAACUCUGUUUCUGUAUCUUAUUUUAUUAACUGGACGGGAAGAUAGCCAGAACUAUUUGUUUGAUUCCGCUAGUGCUCAAGUACCAUGCUGCACUGUCUUGAGACUGUAGGCGUCACCAGUGCUGUGCCCAUCUCCCUGUGUACGGAGACUAAGCAUCGCUUACAUCCAUGUAUCCCAUGUACUCCGUUACAGCUCUGCAUGUGCUCAAUUGUACUCAUAUAUUGUAUCCCAGUGCAUAAAACUGAGUGGCUGGCAGGAGCAGUGACUGCUUUGCUCUACAGUGCGACUCUCCUCUCCUCUCCUCUCUAUAGCUGAAGCUGUGUCUGCGCCAAUGCCCAAAGAAACACACUCAAUGAGCACUGUGCCCCCACAGGGUCGCCAGUCAAUCAUUUUUCAGUAUUUUAUGUAUUUUUGAUAUGAAUCAGAUUUCGCUAUCUGAUUCAUAUUGCUGUGAAUUCGUGAAGUACCCUUGUACAGGAUUUCUAAAUACAAUACAAUACCAUACAAUAGUGAUUUAUAAAGCACCUGUGAAACACGUCAAAGUGCUGAACACAAAAUAAACAAACUUAAAUGCUUUGUCAAACAAAUAGGUUUUUAAUCUAGAUUGAAAAAUUGUCAAUGAUGCCGAAUCCCUGAUAUGUUUCAGCAGAGAAUUGGUACCUGAAUGCCCUACCUCCCACAGUUCAGGAUGGUCAACAACCUUGCAGUAAAAGAGUGUAGAGAAUGGGCUGGGAUGUAUUCAGACAUGUCUGAAAAGUAGCUAAUAUUACUGUCAACAUGGCCUAACAAUGAAUUAACCAAACAAGUGAAUAAUCGAGGGAGCGCUGUGCUAUAGUUUACAUUUCUGCUAGUUUGGUGCCCUGGUGCUUGAAUAUGGUUGCAGUUCUAAAAAAAAGAAAUCAGAGUGGACUGCCUUCUAUUCAACAGGGCUCAUACAUCUCUUAGGAAUUCUGAUCUUCAAGGCAGCCCAAAUCAAGGCAACCUAAGUCCAGCAGUCUCAGCCUCUAUUUAAACAAUGCAGUCCCUUCAGAACCAUACCCGCCCCAGCCCAUGUUAACACUGCACACAGUGCACAGUAACCCUGGGCAGUGGAAACACUAGAGCAGAGCAGUCACUCAUGUGUGUCACAUGUGUGUGUAAAAAAAUAACAUGUGUAUGCAGACCAGUAUAACUCUUUUAUAGGUUCUACCUUAGUAUUCAUAUUCACUCAGCAACAGGUAGAUCAUGGGAAUGAUGGAUAAUAAUAUAAAAAAUGUACUUCAAAGAACAGGUCGAUUCUGAUCUAUAUGCAUAUAAACAAGUAUCACCAUUUAUCCAGGUUAAGGACCAGUAUGAUUGUAUUAAAUGCCUUGUGUUCAGAGCUCUGUGUAUAGACUAUAGGGCCUGACUUAAAUGGAUGCAUCCUGUGCAUUGACAGGUGGACUGGUGAAAAUAUAAAGAGGGCAGGUGCUGGGUUUUGUAUAUUCUAUAUCAUGUAUCAAAAUAUUUUAGAGGAAAAAUAUAUAUCUCAGAGAUAUUUUGUAAGAUUUAGUUCAGAACAAAGCAUUUGCCUGCAGCCCUGUAUCAUUUAUGAAAUGCAUAUUUGUAUCCGGCAAUGUAUUGAGCAGAAAGACACUGCCAGUAUAAUUUAAACCUGUUAGGUUAAAAAUAUUGUGGCUGCUGUAUUCGGAUGCAUAUAGCUUGAACACAUUUAGCUUGAACACAAGCUUGGUUCUGAUCUGUUACAUGAAAUGGCCAGUGCUUGGGAGUCACAGAAUGUUCUUGUUGAAGAAUGUUCUCCUGGACAUCUGGCACACCCUGCCCAAGGUGUUGGUCAGAUCCUAACUAACAUCCAGGUGUCUUCAGGUACUUAAGAACAAUGGCAAACGGCCAAGACCAUGUUAAGCAGUGAAUAUUAUUGCCGGUCUUACACAAACUUGUAUGUUCAUUUAACAAAGUUUUGAGGCCUGAUUGUUUGUAAUGGCACAUUGAAUUGAACAGAGAGGCAAGGUCUGGAUGUGAACAGGUAACCUUAUGAUUCAAAGGUAAAUUUACCAUUAAGCUAAAGAACAAGCUCUCUAGUUGAGAAGUCAGUACAUGUCUUAUUGUGAUGUCAGUAUUAUUAACUCAUCAGUUGCGAGGAGAGCCAUUGCACCAAUCUAGAUAGAGUACAAUGUCCCUUAUGCAGAAGAAAGAAUGUUUUGGAGCAUACUUGUACUCUGCUAACUUAAGUGAAAAUACAGGAAAACAAUCUGUUAGCAAUACAUAAUGUUAUCAUUCUUUAACCCAUUUGAGAUAGCCACAGCAGGCACAAUAAAAGCCUGUAUUCACACUCUACAAUGCUGUAGACACACUUUAAACAGGAGUAAGCUUGCUUACAUUAAAGCAUAGUGUAAGCAUGGUAAAUCCCAUAGAGGUAUGGCAAAACAAAUACAUAAAUAAAAACUGUACUAUAACCAUACUAUAACCAUAGGAAAACUGUAAAAUUACCUUGCACAUUCCCUGUGCUAAACUUUUAAAAGGAAACAAAUAAACCAGUAGAACGAUUCAGGGCUGCAGUGCCAGUGUGGCUGGAAGCUGUUGUCAUGGAGGGUGAUAUGAGAGAGGAGAGAGUUUGUGUGAUAAGAUUUCAUUACAUUGUCAUCUGCGUUCCGCUCUCAAAUGUUCUUAAAUCAAGCUGGUAAUUGUAUUUUGUUAUAUACAUUAAUUGAUAAAAAUAAAAAGCACAGUGAUGAGGCUUCAGGCAGGACUGAGAUGGAGUCAGACUGGCUGGCUGUGUGUCUCUGUGAGUCCU